GGCUGACAAGUGAGGAGCCGACCCCAGGGACAGACAGGCGUUCAGGGGCAUGGAGGGACCGGCGGGCUACCUGAGGCGGGCCAGUGUGGCCCAGCUGACCCUAGAGCUGGGCACCGCCUUCUUCCAGCAGCAGCAGCUGUCAGCUGCUAUGGCAGACACCUUCCUGGAGCACCUGUGCCUGCUGGACAUCGACUCGGAGCCUGUGGCCGCCCGCAGUACCAGCAUCAUUGCCACCAUCGGGCCAGCCUCUCAUUCGGUGGAGCGCCUCAAGGAGAUGAUCAAGGCCGGGAUGAACAUUGCGCGCCUCAACUUCUCCCACGGCUCCCAUGAGUACCAUGCUCAGUCCAUCGCCAACAUCCGGGAGGCCGUGGAGAGCUUUGCAACUUCUCCGCUCGGCUAUCGCCCCGUGGCCAUUGCCCUGGACACCAAGGGACCGGAGAUACGGACCGGGGUCCUGAAGGGGGGCCCUGAGACCGAAGUGGAGCUAGUGAAGGGCUCCUGGGUCCUGGUGACCGUGGACCCGGCGUUCCGGACGCUGGGGGACGCACACACCGUGUGGGUGGACUAUCCCAAUAUCGUCAAGGUCGUGCCGGUGGGAGGCCGCAUCUUCAUAGACGACGGGCUCAUCUCCCUGCAGGUCAAGAAAAUAGACCGGAAGGGGCUGGAGACCCAAGUGGAGAAUGGAGGUCUCCUGGGCAGCCGGAAAGGCGUAAACCUGCCAGGCGCCGAGGUGGACUUGCCGGGGCUGUCUGAGCAAGACGCCCAGGACCUACGCUUCGGGGUGGAGCAUAAUGUGGACAUCGUCUUUGCCUCCUUUGUGAGGAAAGCCAGUGAUGUGGCUGCCAUCCGGGCUGCUCUGGGGCCGGAAGGACGGACCAUCAAGAUCAUUAGCAAAAUUGAGAACCACGAAGGCGUGAAGAAGUUUGAUGAAAUCCUGGAGGUGAGUGACGGCAUCAUGGUGGCACGGGGCGACCUAGGCAUCGAGAUCCCUGCUGAGAAGGUUUUCCUGGCCCAGAAGAUGAUGAUUGGUCGGUGCAACUUGGCGGGCAAGCCUGUCGUCUGUGCCACACAGAUGCUGGAGAGCAUGAUCACUAAGCCCCGGCCAACCCGGGCAGAGACGAGUGAUGUAGCCAAUGCUGUGCUGGAUGGAGCAGAUUGCAUCAUGCUAUCAGGGGAGACCGCCAAGGGCAAAUUUCCUGUGGAGGCUGUAAAGAUGCAGCAUGCGAUUGCCAGGGAGGCAGAGGCUGCUGUGUACCACCGGCAGCUGUUUGAGGAACUGCGCCGGGCAGCGCCACUGAGCCGCGAUCCCACGGAGGUCACUGCCAUAGGCGCGGUGGAGGCCGCCUUCAAGUGCUGUGCUGCUGCCAUCAUCGUGCUGACCAAGACCGGCCGUUCAGCACAGCUGCUAUCUCGGUACCGGCCUCGGGCAGCGGUCAUUGCUGUCACCCGCUCUGCCCAGGCUGCCCGGCAGGCCCACCUGUGCCGAGGGGUCUUCCCCUUGCUCUACAGUGAACCUCCAGAGGCCAUCUGGGCAGACGAUGUGGAUCGCCGGGUCCAAUUUGGCAUUGAAAGUGGAAAGCUCCGUGGCUUCCUCCGUGUGGGGGACCUGGUGAUUGUGGUGACAGGCUGGCGACCUGGCUCUGGCUAUACCAACAUCAUGCGAGUGCUCAGCAUAUCCUGAGAUGCCACGCCCCACUGACCCAGCCCAACCUGGAUCCCAUGCCCCAGACCCCAAGGUCCCCCUUGCAGUCCUCCCUGCUGAGGCCACAUCUGCCAUCUAGUCCCAUUCUAGGGUGCCCCUUCCCCUCUCCAUUUCACGCAGGACCCCAAAGUCUGUGUCCAGUUAAGCACUGACCAUCUGGCAAGUACCAAUCCUACAUUCCCUGCACUCAAUGCUCUCAGCUGGGCCCUAAGAUGCUCUGAGCCCUUAAUCCUAGCUUAACUGGUUAAUUCUAUCCCCCUAGGCUUCAAUAUACCCAGGAUGGG